AUGUCAACUACAGACGAGUCAUGGGGGAAGUUAAAAAGCACAAAACUUCAACAACCUUCUUUGUCAUUAUUUCUUGAUAAAACAAAUGUUGGGAGAAAUAAAUCACUUGGACUAAAGUCUGAGAAGAUUAGUUCACAUCAUUUUACCAUCCUUACUAAAAAAGUUAAUAACACUCGAAUUACCACUAUCAUUGAUACUUCAAGAAAUGGGACAUGGUUAAAUGGAGUUUUACUAGAAAAAGGUGUUGAAACAGUUAUUAAUAUGUUCGAUGAAAUAUCUGUGCUUAGUCCUGAAUUAAAAGAGAGUGCACAAUAUCUUUAUUUUGAAAUGGGAGUUAUAAAUCAGUUAUCAGAACAUUUCAGUAAUUUUUUUAAAAGAUAUAUAAUACAAGAAUUAAUUGGGAGAGGGUCAUUUGGACAAGUACGUAAAGCAUUUGAUAUGACAACAAAGGAAGUUAGAGCUAUAAAAAUAAUGAAAAAUAAACCAAAUAAGAAAUAUAAAGAGAAUGAAAUUGUACAAUCUCUUCAUCACCAGAACAUUGUUACUACAUAUGAAAGUUAUCAAAUUGGAGAAUAUAUUAUUAUUGUUAUGGAAUAUUUACCAGGUGGAUCACUUCAAUCAAUACUAAAAAGGUGUGGAAAAAUAGAUAUUCAAGUAUUAAAAAAAAUUUCUUUACAACUACUCAAUGGCUUACAAUAUCUUCAUUCUAAUAAGAUUGUACAUAGAGACAUUAAACCAGAAAAUGUAUUGUUUAGUGGAAUUAAAUCAGAAAUUAAAAUAACUGAUUUUGGAACUGCAAGAAUUGUAGGAGAAGGUGAAAUGGCAAAGACAUUAUGUGGGACACCAACAUAUUUUUCACCAGAAUUACUCCGAGGAUGGAAUGAAUAUAGAAAGACAUUAAUAAGUAAUGAACAGUCUAAAGAAAAAAAGAGUUUUUCAUCGCAAGAACUUCAAUAUGAUGCAUUUAAAGUUGAUGUUUGGAGUUGUGGUGUAUUGAUGUAUACAUUAGCAGUUGGAAGAAAUCCAUUUGAAUUUAAUGGACAUUUUGAACAGAAGAAAUUGUUUAAUGGAACUUUCAAUACAGAUGAAUUAUUUUCAUGUCUACCAACUGAAUUAAAAGACCUGAUUGAACACAUGAUAGUAAUAGACCCAUCAAAAAGAUAUUCUGUAGAAGAGUGUUUGUCACAUGAAUUCUUUACAAAAAAACUAAAAACUACACAAUUUGAAUUACCAAAGAGAAAAAAAAGAUAUGACAAAUGA